AUGAACGUCAAAAAGAUCCUCCAGGCCACCAGCCGCCCAAUUGCUUACCACUCCAAUUCUUCUCCCGCCAACGCGAACCGCAAGGAGGCCCCUCAUGAGAUUAUAGAGCAACUUAAAGUGCAGGUAGCGGGCCGCGAGGCGGAAAGCACGGAGAUGCAAGAUCUGGAGAAGGAGAUCCAACGGCUGAGACAGGACAUCAGGGUUCUAUCGAGCGGCGGAGGGCUUCCGACCGGAGCGCACUUAACGGCGACGGAUCUGAAGACAGCAGCAGAUGUAGGGGUGGACGCGACGGCUAUAUGCGAGCAGCAGCUAUCUCACUGUAAGAGGCAGAAGCUUGAACGGCGCUCCUUACUCUCCAGUAACCCUUCCGCGGAAGGUGGUUCCGCUUCCGCUUCCGUUUCCGAGCCAUCCGCGGGAGGGUCGGUAACGCCUGCGGGUGGCGCAGGGGGAGCGGGGGAAUCGGCGGAAGGGGGUUCCAGUGCCGUUCCGCCAGUCUCCCCUGCGGUGGCGGAGCUCCAGCGGAAGCUGGCGGAUCUACGGACGGCGUACGACGCAAUGAUGAUCGACAAGCGCAAUCUGACGGCUGAGCUUGCGCGGCUGUCCCACAAUGGCACGUGCGGGCCGCUGGUCAAUCUGACCAUGGUGGAGGGCGCGGCUCGGGACCUAGCUUCGGAAUGCGCGGAUGCUGCUAAAAAGCAGACGGAAGCGGAAAUGCAGAUAGUAACCGGGGGAGCUGGGGGAGCCGGCAGAGAAGGAGGGGGAGGGGGAGGAGAUACGGGGAAGGAUUUGUCUCCAAAUGAGAAGAAACUAAUGUCGUUUCGGACGUGUAACGGAUCGGAUGAGGAGUUACAACUGUACAUGAACUACACUGCCAGACAGGCGUGUCCAGAUGACUGGUUACUGGCUCAACGGCUCAUGUUUGAAAAGAAUUGCUUCUGCCUGCCCCGCCGCCUCUGCUUCGCGGCAACUCCACCGCAUUACACCGAACCCCACCUUGGCCCUCCGGAUUCUCUUUUCAGUCAGGAGAUGCUGCGAGACGAGAAUGUGCGGUGGGGAUUGCACGAGUGUAAGUCGUACGCGUGUGUGAAUUCAAGGGAGAAGGGGGAGUGCAGGAACUGUUUCAACAUGAGUUUGGAGGUGAAGCGGUGGCAGGCGCCGUACCUGGGCACCAUACCUAUGGCGCAGGUCUGGCAGCUCAAGCCUCCGGGUUCGCUUCGGAUCGGCCUGGAUGUGGGUGGAGGUUCGGGGAGCUUCGCAGCUCACAUGGCCCGUUACAACGUAACCAUCCUUACAACUUCGAUGAAUAAGGAAUUCAUUGAAGGUGUAGAAGGGGGGCUGCCUUAUAUGGAGACGAUUGCUCUAAGGGGGUUGGUGCCACUUCACGUCCCCACUAAAGCCCGGCAACCGUUUUUCGACAACACACUCGAUAUAAUACACUCUGCUCAAAGCGUCCGUUACUUUUCGGUUUCAGAAUUGGAGGAGCUGAUGUUUGAAUGGCACCGGAUUCUUCGGCCGGGCGGCAUUAUUUGGUUUGAGCUGCUGACCGCGCCUACAAGCAAGAUGAAGCAGUAUACAGUGGUGAUUAAUAUGUUCAAGUAUAAGCAGCUGUACUGGGAUCUUGCGCCUGUGGAUGAUUCGAAGAAAAGCAAGACCCAUGUCUACUUGAACUGUGUAAUGGAAAAGCCUAGGAAGUCAUAG